CGCCGACUCGUCGCUCCACUCCGCCUUCGACCUCAACUCCUGCUUCGAUUCUGGGCCGGCGUUCCCUCGCUGCUGGUCUAUGGAGUUCGAGAGGGGAUCGAUUCCACGCUCCGCCCUGAUGCCCACCUGACCAACUCAAUUGACCGCCCUUCCCCUGUCUUCACCCGCUUCCCAUAAACACAACCCUCCACCGCCUGCAAAUCCAAAAUGAAAAAACGAUCAGCGACUCUUGCAGUGUCAGGAAUUACAGUGGCAGCGAGGUGGGCGGCGUGGGUCGGGUCUCCAUCGUUCUUCCUGCUCGACCAAACCAUCGCCCUACAUUCCAUCGCCCUUGUUCAACGAAAUUUUUUAAUUCCAUCACCCUCGCUCUGCUGCUCCCCCGUCGCUGCCGCCUUGGCUCAGUCGGUGCCGGAUUUCUCAGCGGCGCUGAGGAAGGAGAACAAGAAGCAUCUGCCUUCACCGACCCUCGCUCUGCAGCUCUUCCUCUGCUCUGCCCGUCGCUGACGUCUAGGCUCAGUUCGUUGCUUGAUUUAUCAGCGGCGCUUAGGGAGGAGAAUAGGAAUUCCUCGACCUAGUGAUUCCUCGCGGCGGCUCGUCAAACCUUGGUUUUGGUUUCGGUGCGAACGUCGAGCGACUUGAUCCUGGUGGAGAGAAUUCCAGUGAGGCAUGGCCCCCGAAGCGGUUGAAGAAGUGAAGUCCUGGCUCGCCAAUCGCUCGAAGCGACCCCAUCGCCGCCAUCGCCCUUUCAGAUUUUGCUCUGCUCUGCCCCAAUCGCCACCGGCGGAAUUCUCUUCUCCAACUCCGCUGCUGUGCCACUCAAGGAUGCAGAAGAAAAGAAAGAUCCAUUACUCUGCUUCGGCGGUCGCCUCUGCCAUGCCUUCCGUUGUGUCGAUCGAGAACGCAGAAGAGUUGGCAACUCCCGAGCCCUCUGCUUGAUUCCUAAUUGAGAAGUACAGUUGGUUGGUGUAGAAAAGAAAUUAUUAUUUUUUAUUUUUUUAUUUCAAUGAAUGUAAUAAUGAGGU